AUGCCUUCAAGAUGGCAAAAAUUUAAAGCUUCCAUCUCCCCUGAGAACGGACCAGUGUUUGCGGCGGCACCGACACAGGAGGUUAGGAAUAGGAAGUUCGCCGGUCGAGCUUCAUCUGCUCCGAUUAUCACUGAGAAGAGUGUAUUCGAUGUUUCUGAGACGUCUUUGGGCGCCGAAGUAACCUCAGCCAAAAGGCCAAAUAUCUUCGACAGGAUCACUAGGGGUGCAGGAUCUAGUGGUACCUUCUUUUUCAUGAUGGCACUUCUAGCAUUAUGGGCCGUGUGUGGAAUCGUAUAUGGGACUACAGACACGUGGCAAAUCAUCCUUCAGAACGCCAGUUCAAUCAAGGUUUACGUUACGGAUAUUCUCCUCCUCCGACAACAGAAGAACGCAAUUCUGGCACUGAAGACAACCUUGGCUCAGAUUCAACCGAUAGAAGAGGAAAUCGAAGAAAGCCUUCGUAUUGCUCAAGGCGAGCAGACAAGGUGGAAAAAAAUCUGGGGUAGCACCUGCUACUUUUUCGCCAUCACGCUCGGAUCUUUGUGGGCAUUUAUAUUUUAUUGGAUUGGUAUCUUUGUUAUCGACGCCGAAGUUGAAUACCGCCUUCGCGAACUGACCGAGGACGUCAAGCCAAACCAGAUCUUCGAGAUUCCAGCAGACGUCCCUAACAGAGUCGAACGUCAAAUUGAUGGCUUCGCCAAUGUCAUGGGAUCAGGCAUUGGUGUUGCCAUCUCUAUCCUUGCUGUCGCGAUCUGGUUCGCGGUAGGGCCCGUCUUGUCUUUUGAUGACGACUGGUGGUUGAUUAUUGGAACAUUCACUGGUCUUGUUGGGUUUAUCGACGGAUUUGUCCUUCGUCACCUUUACAUGCGCGAAGAAGCCCAAGCCAAGACUCAAUUCCGAAAGGUCCAACUCGCAGACAGCAGACUUCUCGAGCGUCUGAACGUCCCCGUUCCAGUUUUAGCAGAUAUCCAUAGGUCCUCCUCCACCCGAGUCAGUAUAUGGGUCGGCGAUGCUUGCGGUUCGCAAUGGGCUACUGUCGCGUCCGUAGCAUUUGUCGUGGCUCUAUUGCUUACCGCUACGAUUAUGCUUUGGUCCACUACUGGCCAGCUUCUUUGUAACACAACUACUAUGAUCCUCGAAGGAUUUCUGUUGCUGGUCCUGAUCCAAGCUCAUAAUACGUCUAAUAAAGAGCGAGGAGAGGACUUCAACAGCGUUUUGAAGCGGAGGGUGUUGCUGAACAGCUAUGUCCACCUCAUUUCCGACUAA